UAAAGAGACAAUGAAAGAGGAAGUGCUCUAUCAAACAGCAGGAGAAACACCAACUCUUACUGCUGACCAAGAUACUCGUGACUCCCCAAGUUCAAACUCUCAUGACAUCAAUUUGGUGGAUAUUAUCCUCAGGACAUUAUGGUGCAUGGAGCCUCUCCUUGAUGAAGUUAUGAAGACAAAGCCUAUCUGCUCCAAGCAUGGCCACGGUGAACCAUGUGUCGGUGUCAUCGUUCACAAGAUCUUACACUUGUGGGAGAAGGCAGAAGAUCACCAGCAACAACUGCUCCCUCUAGCCAACACAGUGUGCAGAACCUUGGAGGAUGACAAUUGCUUUGACGAGCGGCAGGACAGAAGCAAGCGUGUAUCUGACAUCACAGUAGCCAUUCUUAAUGGACUACACUUGCCAGAUGUUUGUUUACAACUUGGAAUCAUGUCUGAUACCAUGAGGCCAGAAACAGAAGCUUUUGUUUGCAAGUAUCAUUACCCUCCUGCUAUGAAGCCCAUGAGGCCAAUGGGUUGUGGUUGCAAAACAUGUUCACCUGGACAACUUAAUGCAGAUCCAAGCAAGGUCGAGCACAUAUGCAAACAGUGCAGUUCUGCUGCUCUGAAGGACCCAUACUCAGCUGUUGUCAUACAUUGCUCAAUGAAGAUGGAGGUUCAGCAAUCACUGGCGGAAAUAUGGGAUGAUACUCUUCAAUCUCUGAUGACAUUUGAGUACAACCAUGGCACAAUAUUUUACGGCUUAGCCGCAAUGGUAUUACGAGGAAGGGGAAUAUUGUUUGAUAUGAAUAGCCAUGAAAAGCUGUGCAUGGUUUUCUGUUUUGAGAUGCACACACAGUAUCUUAAAACCCAACUUGGAUUCACCGAUAUAUUGAAAAGGCCGUAGAGAUGUGCUGUGUUUUUCCGUGGAAUGUUGGAAUCGCAUGAAGUAUGAAUUGAGGAUAUUAUUCCGAAGUCACAUGAGAAUAUAUUUUAAGGCCAAGGUUAAAGGAGAAGGACAAACUUGCAGAUAUCUUCCCAUCUUAUAUGCACAUGUGCUAAUAUAUUCCUGCACAUAUCCAAGUAUAAGCCACCGGAUAUUAUUUCUUUACAGAUAUGCUAUGUGGACAAUGAGCCCGUUGGCAUUGCUCGAUGUGAAAGUGGAUGGGUUAUGUAUGAUGCACGCAGAGAAAUCAACAGGUGUGAAGUGCCCUGGGAGGAUUUGUUUGCUAUGUGCAGGGACUGCACUCCAGCAAUUCUAUUUUACGAGGUCAUCAAAUAGAUUGACUGAGGUAGUUCAGGUUGCCCUAGACCUGUUCCUGGUUCGUGCGCUCUGUACUCCUUCACCUGAAGAUUGAGAUUUGUUGAUUAUAAUGAUUUCUGAGAAUGCCCCUCUGCUCGUGCGAUGCCUGACAAGGAGGGUAAUAUGAUAAGCGUUCAGGUUGCCUGUAAACAUAUAAUGUACUCUGUCUCUCGUCUACCAAUCUCUGUUUCUCAUCCCCUUUGCUCUUGGUAAA